AUGACCAAAAAGCCACCAACAUUUGUCAAGAAACUACCAUCUUUGGUCAUCAUAGAUGAAGGCUCCGUUUUAAAUCUCUGUUGUAACGCUGUGGGCUCUCCGCCUCCCAAAGUCGAGUGGUCACGCGCUGGUAACGUGCACUCCGCUGAUACAUCAUUGGCUUUCCAGGAACGAGGCUGCCUCAAAUUCAACACUGUUGAGUUCAACAGUCACGGGAAAUAUGUCUGCCGCGCAAGAUAUCGCAUCGGACUGGCAGAAACAACAACGUCAGUAGUUGUCAAAGAAAAAGAAGUUAAUUCUUGUGAAGACGUCUUAAAGAAAAAUAUGGGGAAACAACGUCCCGGUAGCUUCAAGCUUUUAACGGGCAAUUUUCGAUAUAAUGUCUAUUGUGAUAUCACGGCAAGUCUUAAAGGAUGGACUCUCAUCGCUCGAUUCUCAAACAGCGAUGGCAAGAAUUGGAUGCGUGACGAUGGUAAGUGGUGGUAUGACCAACACGCUGCCAUUGGAACAGAGAAUGACCCAUCAGUUAACGCUGAUAUGAUAUCACCUGCCUUUUGGUUGGUCAGAGGAAGCGAAUUUAAGAUCACGCGCACUGACGACCCCAGCCACACACCUCUGUUACAAACCACAGGUAACUGUUUGGGUGGACAAACAUUCCGAUCUAAAAUAACAAGUUAUGGCGACUUUAGAUAUGGCAAAGUUUGGGCCAGUAAUCAGUGUCUGGGAAGUUGUACGGUUCAAUAUGGUGGACAGUACAAGUCAACAGACGGGUUUCAACAGGCUGAGUGCGGUGGAGACAUCCAAAGCGCCAACAAAAUCGGCUUCUGGUGUGACUGGAGUACUGGGGAUGGAGCAGUGAUGAUGAUUGGUGGAGGAGGAAGUAGCUGUGCACGUGCAGAUCACGGGAUUGGAAUCACAGAAAGUGAUCAUGCUUCUUUCGUUGAAAAAGAUAGUGAUGAAACUGAAUAUGACUUUGGUUAUUACGCUGAAUCAAAUAAAGCUCCAUCCCAGUCAUACUCGCUGAACAUAUGGAUCCGUUAA